CAUUUUAACUUUGUGUGCUGUAAGCGGGUAGGCUGACCCAACCCGACCCGGUCGAAUGUGGCCUGGAAUCGUGCGCUGAUGCUGCCUUCUUCCAUCGGUUUCACCUAAAACCCCUUCAAAGAGCAAUCUUAAGAUUUUGGAGUUUACAAUCUAAUUGGGAGGCAAAGAGCGACGGAUAUGCAGACUUUGGGUGAAUUCAAGCUGCCCCAUUUCUUCAAUUACCCUCCUUAUUUCACUUUGCAGCCAGUAAAAGACACCAGGGAGAAGCAGAUACAGCUCUGGAAGGAGCUGAUACUCGAAUAUUGUCGGGGACACAAAAUCUUUGUAGUUGGACUUGAUGAAGACUUCCCGUUGUUUAGCAAUCAAGUAAUUGAAAGAUCCCUAAGUCAUGAAGCUAGGGAGGCAUUUCUCUCAGCCUUAGUUUCCGAUGGACGUGCUGAAUGGUUGGAUAAAAGUCAUAGAAAAUGUCUCCUCCUAUGGCAUCGCAUACCAGAUUGGGCUGACCUUAUAAUAAGCUUUGUUAGGGAUAAUGGACUUGAAGACAGUGUGAUGACUGUUGAGGAAAUACGUUCAGGAGUUGAGUCUCGCGGGACAGAGCUUCAUGGAAUGGAGCGUAGUAUUCUUAUGCGAGCAUUGAAGCACCUAGAACACAGGGGGAAGCUUGCAAUCUUCAAAGGGACUUCUGCUGAUGAUGAAGGCAUUAAGUUUUCCAUUUAGUUUCUGUAUGUUUAUGUUAUUCUCAAAACUCAGAUUUUAUGUUCACACUUAUUGCUUCUUUUUCUUUACUUUUUCCAAAAAUGAUCAAUAAAUAGUUCCUCACUUUCUCCCCGCA